GUGGGUGGAGGGAAAGCUUGUGGUUCAGUAUAAAUCAUUGAAUCUCGACUGAGACCACACACACCAUACUAUAAGCAGCCCACGUGUAAACCAAGGCACCAAUUUCAGAGUAAGCAGCAUUUUCAGAACCAGCAAGAACCUAUAAGCAAGAAUUGCAGGCAGAACUUCCUGAUGUUUGGCAUGGAGAGCUGCGGAAAAAGUUCAAGAAGACAGCAAUCUUCUUCGGUGCUGUGUGCACUGCUUUUAAUACUCCAAUGGAGCUGCUAUGCUUCGGCAAAUGAAUCCACCACCGAAGCUCCUAUCAGUUCUACAGCUGUGAUCAGCACGACAGGCAGCGAAAGCGUGUCAACUGUGGAACCAAGUAAUUCUGCGAACGCAGAAAUCACGUCUGCGCCGACUAAUAGCGUGUUGGUAACUGACGAUCCAAUUGGCUCGAGUGUAGCCGUUACAAGUACAUCCCCGGUGGGGUCAGUGACUACAACCGACCCAGCGUCACCAAGCUCGGAAAGCCAUGACAACGAGACAACACUUCUGAGCACUGCCAUCAGUAGCUCAGCCAUCACCAGCCCCACCGCCAACACCAGCUCGGCAACUGUUAAGGAAAGUGAUCCCAUCAUCCACUCAUCACCUCCUUCAACUGUUGCCCCGACUCAGUUCAAAACUGUCUCGACUCUGCCAACUGUAACAUCAGAGGAAUCGUCGAUCACUACUGAUAAAUCAAGCAAAGCUUUGAUCAGGACGCACAGUGCCCAAGAAAUAAAAUCACCGAAAGUGCUCCCCACACUAAUCGUCCUCGGAUGCCUGCUUGGCAUAGUCAUCUUGCUGGCGUACUACUUCAAGAACAAGCAAAGCUGGAGCCCAAAGUCCGUCAGACUGGUGGAAACGGGGCCACAAGAGAACGACUGCCACGGCAACACGGCCAUGUCUGACGUACCCAGGGAGCCGUCGGUGGACGCGCAGAGCAAGCCGAAAUUGAACGGGGAGAACCAGAGCACGGCGUCGGGAACCGGGAACGGGCACCAGAAAAAAAUGGACGAAACAGACACCGAAGUGUAAUCCGGGGGGGAGGGGGAUUGGAAAUGACGUCAAAGCUCAGCUUCCCGAUUCGUUAAUUUAUGGCUCCACUCCGACGGGCGAAAUCCGCGGCGUUUCCCAACGCGUUCCUCGCCGCUGGUAAGGCGGGCGAGGAGGCUUUGCGAAUCGCUGCAGAUUUCACCCGUUUUACGUCUGUGGCUCUGGUUUGGUUCGGGGAAUCGAACCCCGGGGUCGUUCAAUUUGAAAUUGAAGCCUUCCUCGAAAAGCACCAGGGAAAGUAUCCGAGGGCCGUUCUUUCACCUCUCAUAUACACACCCACCACCUGCCCCCCGCCCCCUAACCCCCAACAGACCCACCGAGAUUUCAGGGUACAUUUCAGUGCCCUGAAGGAGCAAGGAAAAGCCAACCAUCUUUUGGGGGUGGGGGGUGUACUCUGUAUUCUAUUUAAAGCAAUGAAAUACUCCGUCCAUCAGCACUCGGUCCCUAACUUGGAUGAGUGCAUUUACAUAGCACUUCAAAUUACAACCUUGCCCCCACCUCUCCCCUUCC